CCACACCCACCAUCGCCUGUGCUCCCCACCCAUCACCCUCACCAACAGCACCCCAGCCAGGCCGGGCCCCACCGGCCCCCAUCACGCUGCCACCCCCGGCCCCUUUCUGCCUACAACGGCCACAGCCUCAACGGUCACAGCAGCAGGAGCAGCACACCAGGCACCAAGCCCCACGGGCCCCCUGCUCCCUCUCUGCACCUCCCCCAUCACCCGCCACCUCCUGCGGCAGCAGCAGCAGCAGCCUCCACCUUCCCGCUGCCCUUGGCGGCUAACCAGAGCACCCCCCACAGCUUCCCCCCUGCCUUGCAGUCCUCGCCGCACCCACAUCACCCCAAUAUGUUCGCUCCUCCAGCGGCCUUGCCUCCACCACCACCACUUACGUCUAGCACCCUGCCAGUAGCCGGACAUCCUGCUGCUGGGACUGCCUACUCAGAGCAAGAACUUUUGCGCCAGGAGCUCAACACCCGUUUCCUGGCCUCCCAGAACGCCGACCGUGGCGCCUCGCUGGGCCCUCCGCCCUACCUGCGCACAGAGUUCCACCAGCACCAGCAUCAGCACCAGCACCAGCAUCAGCACCAACACACCCACCAGCACACCCACCAGCACACCUUCACGCCCUUCCCCCACGCCAUCAUGCCCACCCCGGCACCGCCCAUGGUGCGUACCCCUGCCAGAAAUUUUGAAAAAUACCCAACAAAAGUGGACCCCUUCUACAGACACAGUCUCUUCCACUCCUACCCACCGGCCAUGUCUGGCCUUCCGCCCGUCAUCCCCCCGACCGGGCCCUUCGGCUCGCUGCAGGGCGCCUUUCAGCCCAAGACCUCUAAUCCACUCGAUGUGUCCAGACCAGGAGGCGUCCCACACACAUUCUUACAGAAGGACCCCAGGCUAACGGAUCCGUUUCGGCCCGUUCUCAGGAAACCAGGGAAGUGGUGCGCCAUGCAUGUCCAUAUCGCCUGGCAGAUAUACCACCACCAACAGAAAGUGAAGCAGCAGAUGCAGGUUGACCCUCACAAGCUAGACUUUGGCCUCAAGCCUGACUUCCUGAGUCGACCUCCGGGCCCCAGCCUCUUCGGCGCCAUCCAUCACCCCAACGACUUGGCACGGCCCGCCACGCUCUUCUCCGCCGCAGGUCCCACACACCCAUCAGCAGGUCCUUUUGGUCAUCCGCCUCACCAUCCUGGAAACUUCCUCGCCCCGGCAUCUCACUUAGAACCUUUCGGUAGGCCUGCAUCAUUUGGCGGACUGGGAGCCCUCAGUUCAUCGGCCUUCGGUGGACUGGGCAAUCCAGCACUAACGGCCAACGCAGUGUUCGGCCAUAAAGAUGGCCCCAACGCACAGCAGCACUUCAACAGCGGCAGCAACGGCGGCCACCAGGAGCCGUGGAACCGGCUGCACCGCACGCCGCCCUCCUUCCCCACACCGCCACCAUGGCUGAAGCCCGGUGACUCUGAGAGGAGCGCCUCAGCCAGCUCGCACGAGAGGGACCGAGACUCUGACAAACGGGACUCAUCAGUCAGUAAAGACGACAAAGACAGGGACUCAGUAGAGAAGCGCCAUCCGAGCCAUCCGUCCCCAGUCCCUGUCAACCCCAUCAGCCUCCUGGGCCACACUCGGCCUCCCGAGCACCACAGGAACCACCUGCCCCCUGCUUCUGGAGAGCCUCAGAGGGACAAGGAGAAAGCCAAAGACAGGGAGAGGGAGCACUCAGACUCCUGGAAAGACAACGGCACGGAUGACCAUAAGCUCAAAGACAACCACCACAGCGACAAGGACACACCAGUCAUCCACGACGGCCGAGUGUCAGAGGACAAAUUGUCCAACAGGGGGACGCCAUCGCCCUACAUCCGGCAGACCAGCCUGGAACGUCCCAACGGCGGGCUGAGCAGGGAGGUCCUGGAGAAAAAGGUAGAUCUGCCAUACGAGCACCAGAAAAAGAACAGCGAGGUGAAGGUGAAGGAGGAGCGGAAGGAGGAGCAGGAUGGAGCCGCAGAGAGGGCAAUUGAGCACCCAACACAUGCACCCUCCACGCCGAACCUCCACCCUCCCUCCUCCAUGCCUAUGCCCAUGAGCAUGGCUGGCGUUCACCCCAUGAACAGCAUCAGCGGUCUGGAGAGAACUCGAGUGGUGGCUCCCUUCAUGGGUAUCAGCCCCAUACCAGGAGCUGACAGGUUCCCUUACCCUGCCUUCCACUGGGACCCAAUGAGGGACCCCUACAGGGGCCUGGACAUUCACAGACGGGACCCUUUGGCCAGGGACCUGUUGCUAAGGAAUGACCCUCUGCAUCGGCUGGCAGCACCUCGGCUCUACGAGGCCGAGCGCUCCUACAGGGACCGUGAGCCUCACGACUUUAACCGUGACCACAUCCACCCUCUGGCCCUGGAGCAGAGGAGGGAACACGAGCGUGCCCAUAUGGAGGAGCGCGAGCGCCUCAACAUGCUCAGAGAGGACUAUGAGCACGGGCGCCUCCACCCUGCGAUGCACCAUCCUGCCCUUGACGGACACCUGCCACACCCGGCCCAGGGCCUCAUGGCUCCUGGACUCCCAGGCAUGCACUACUCCAGGGUGAGUCCCUCGGCUGCAGCAGUGGCCGCAGCAGCCGCCGCCGCCCAUCAGAACGGUAUCCUGAACAAAACACCACCCACCGCCUCUCUGAGUGCACCGCCCCCUCUCAUCCCCACGCUGGGUGCCCGGCCCGGCUCACCCAGACGGACUACCCCCAUGGCCACAGAUAUCAGAGACAGACCGGCUCACAAAGACAUCGAGGCACGGUGAGCUGAGCAGACUCGGUGCCCCUGCAGCCCUGUGCCUCACUAACACUGAACUCACACCAAGCACUUAGCUUUGGGCAAAGCAAGACUGUAAAAUAGCUGUGAAUAACUUAUGUGGGCAGAGAAAUGCCCUCACAAUGAAUUGUUUUUAUAUAAAACUACAAAGAGACAAUAAUCAUGAAACAAAAAAAAAGAUUUUUCAAAGGUGUUUCCUCCGGUUUGCUCCAGCUUUUUGUGUGCAUUCUUUCUCCUGUAUGGCGAAGUGAGGCGGACUGAGAAUGAACAGUUUUGGAAUGUACAGGUACUUUAUCACUGACAGACAGCGAAGUGUGUAGAUAAUGUGUACAGUCUCUGUGUGGAUUCAAAAUCAUGGUACAAAUAUGCAAAAGGGUGUUUUGAAAGCUUUACGUUGAACACAUGUAAAUAGAGGAGUCCUACAGCAGUGAUUCAGAAUGUGCUUUUUGCUAUUUCCUUUUUGUUUUUUCAGUUGACGCAGCUGAUUAGCAUUGUACCAGAGACCCCAUGUUCAACUAUGCAACAAACGUCUGGGCUCCCUUUCUGAAAGCUGGCCUUCUCACCACUGACUGUGUAACAAUACGGACAAACAGCUGUAUUCUCUCCACAACUCAGACACACAUUGGGUCCACGCAAACAGAUACAAGCUUUAACUGAUCCACGCAGGGGUUGUAGCUCGCAAUUUGGAAUCAACAGAAACGUUAGGUUUUGAGAAGUAUUCUCUCUCAAAUAUGAUCAAUUGUAGUGACAAUCCAAGAAACAGUUGAAGGGAGGUAUUGCAUUUUAAAGAUUUUCAAUGUAAAAACAGCCAGCAGCACAAAUGUCAACUCUUUUUUUACCCCUCUCUUCCUUCUCUCAGUUAGGACCAGUGUUGUUCUGGGGAGAAUGCAGCACAUUUAACACCAUGACAGCACAUUUGCCCCACUGAAGGAGUGUAAAGUACAUGUUUUGGAAAUAGGUUCUGUUGGUCAAACAGUGUAUUAAAGUGCUUUCCUGAGUUGUUGUACCUACAAAAUCAAAAGACAAAAAAGCAAAGUCUACACUAUGGACAGUUUGUUUCUAAUGAGCAGAGAUCUAUUUUAGUAGUCCACUGAAGGUUUAGUUGUGCGCUUCAAACUCUGUGAUAUCAUGUCGUGCAGUGUUUUUUAUUCCAACAUAAAAAUGUCCACCGGAGCCAUAGUGGUUAGUCGAUGCGUAUUGCAAAAAGAUUGUUAAAUGAGAUUUUUUUUUUUUGCUGUUAGCCAUGUACAGGGAAAAAAGUGAAGUCUUUCUAGAUCAUGUACAAAAAAGAGAAAAAAAUGAAGCGACUGAAUCUUCAGCAUGCUCCUCAUUUAAACUUGUGUUAUGUAAAUUGUGCCAUGUUAUUAAAAAAUG